AUUCCCUCCACACUCUCAGUUUGCUCUCCACCUCCAGUUUCCCUAGUUACGUUCUCUCCUGUAUGUGGGCACAAUUUAGACCUCUCCUUUGUAAAUACAUAAAACUCUUCCGCGCUUGUGUCCGCUCAGUCAUCGUGGGAUUUGCAAAUAGCCCUGCAGUUUUGGAUCUCAUUCACUCCUGUGUUUUUGACAUCUUCGUGAAGGCUCCAUUAUUGAUUAGACCGGAGUGAUUGCAGUGAUCUAAGUGGCUUGGAGUUUUUUAUUGGCAAUUACCCCACGUCUUAAAUCGUUGUCACCUAGAUCCUCGGAUCGAUAGAUCAGAUGGACCGAGCGAUGAAUAGCUGUUACCACUGAUGAGCGUAACCAAAGCGACGGAGGAAAAAGUAGAAAAUAAAAAAUUACAGAUACUGAGAGAAACGCAAGAUUCAGUGGUGCGCCGGUUCAGUCAAGCUCGGGAGCCGCUGGCGGGCGGAUGGAAAAAACAUCAUCGAUUGAAUAAUCGAUACUGAGAUCGUUAUUGUACAUAGUUGUUCGGGUUUAACAAUGGGGAGGCGAUUAUUGCUGCUGGCAAUAGCGAUCCUCUCUCUAGUCCUGGGAGAGCCAGAUCCGUCCGAGGAGUUGUAUCAUCGGAUACCCCAGAAUAAAGACGAAGUCAAGUGUUACGACGAGUCUGGAAGGCCUCAGAGGUGUAUUCCACCAUUUGAAAAUGCAGCCUUCAACCUGGUCAUUGAAGCGACCAAUACUUGCGGGCAGGGUGGAAUUCCCACAGAAUUCUGUAAGCAGACACGUGUUCAGGAGAAAUCCUGUGACAUAUGCCGAUGGGGAGAUCACCCAGCUAUCUACUUGACUGAUCAGGAUAACAAUGAAAAUGCCACUUGGUGGCAGUCUCAAACAAUGUUGGAGAAUGUCGAUUGGCCGAAUCAAGUGAAUCUGACGCUUCAUUUGGGGAAAACCUUCGAUAUCACUUACGUGCGUGUCCUGUUUGAGACUCCCAGGCCCGAGAGUUGGGGGAUUUACAAACGAAACAAUGAUAAAUCUAAUUGGGAGCCAUAUCAGUACUAUUCGGCAUCGUGCAGGGAUAUGUAUGGACUUCCAGACUCGAAGGAAACCGUCCGGGGAGACGACACUAGGGUUCUCUGUAAUUCUGAGUAUUCCGAUAUCUCUCCCCUGACCAAGGGAACUGUUGCUUUUUCGACGCUCGAGGGAAGACCCUCGGCUUUUCAAUUCGAUACAAAUCCGGCAUUACAAGAAUGGGUGCAAGCAACAGAUCUACGAUUCAGCCUCGAUCGUCUGAACACUUUCGGUGACGAUGUAUUCGGAGAUCCAGCCGUCCUUAAAUCUUAUUAUUACGCAAUAACCGAUAUCGCUGUCGGAGCUCGUUGCGCAUGUAACGGCCACGCCGGCGUCUGCAUAACCAGCACUGAUGAAGACAACCUGAGAGUUUGUCGGUGUGAGCAUAACACUGCCGGCCCAGACUGUAACGAGUGCCUCCCGUUUUACAAUGAUGCACCUUGGGGCCGUGCAACGCACACUGAUGCCCACGAAUGUAAAGCUUGCAACUGUAAUGGAUACUCGGAUAGAUGUUACUUUGACAAAGAAUUGUACGCUAGAACUGGCCACGGUGGUCAUUGCAUCGAGUGCAGGGCAAAUAGGGCUGGUGCCAACUGUGAGAGGUGUAAGGAGAACUACUACGAACGUCCUGAAGAUAAUUACUGCAUCGCUUGUAACUGUAAUGAAAUAGGUUCGAGAAGUCUUCAGUGCAAUAGUGAAGGUAAAUGUCAGUGUAAGCCUGGCAUAACCGGUGAUAAAUGUGAUCGUUGUUCUGCAAAUUUCUACAAUUUCGAUUCGAUCGGUUGCACCUCCUGCGACUGCAGCCCAAAAGGUUCCCUGGGAAACCAACCCAGCUGUGACGCUCAAACAGGUGCGUGUUCCUGCAAAGAAAACGUCGAAGGUAAGCGUUGUCGCGAGUGCCGUCCAGGGUUUUUCAAUCUCGCCCUGGAGAACGAAUUCGGCUGCACGCCCUGCUUUUGCUUCGGUCACUCCGCCAUCUGCAGGCCUGCGAACGGUUACUCAAAGACAAUAAUUGAGAGCAUGUUCGUUAGAGGUAAUGAGCGCUGGUCUGCCAACGUAGUAGGAAAAACCCUUCCCCUUCAUUACGACGCAGUCACGCAAACAGUCCAGGUAUCUGCCCCAGAGCGCGAUAACGUUUAUUUCGUGGCCCCUGACAGAUUCUUGGGUGAUCAACGAGCUUCCUACAACCAAGACCUUUAUUUCACACUGAAAAUCGGUGAAACCGAUCCUUCGCCAACAGCAAGAGAUGUCAUCCUCGAAGGAGGCAAUGGAGAGCAAAUAACCCAGCCCAUAUUCGGUCAACAGAACCGACUGCCCUCGGUGACCUCUCAAACCUACAAAUUCCGCCUCCACGAGCACCCGAACUACGGAUGGCAGCCACGCCUCUCAGCUCGCGAUUUCAUGUCAAUUCUUUCGAACCUGACUUCCAUCAAAAUCCGUGGAACUUAUACACACCAGGGUCGUGGUUUCCUAGACGACGUUCGCCUGGAGACAGCCCUGAGAGGAGCCGCAGGGCAGGCAGCAGACUGGGUGGAGCAUUGUCAAUGCCCCCACGGCUACGUCGGACAGUUCUGUGAGUCCUGUGCCCCUGGCUUCCACCACGAGCCGCCAAACGGCGGUCCCUUUGCCCUUUGCGUACCGUGUAACUGUAAUGGUCACGCUGACAUCUGCGAGGCUGAAACUGGUGCCUGCAUUUGUCAGCACAACACUGCAGGAAGUAACUGUGAACUCUGUGCCCGGGGAUACUACGGGCAUCCUUUGAAAGAAACACCUUACGAUUGUCAGCCCUGCCCGUGUCCUAACAACGGCCCUUGCAUACUUCUGGGAAACAAUCCAGACCCAAUCUGUUCGGAAUGCCCACUGGGGAGAACUGGGGCUCGUUGUGAGACCUGCUCCGAUGGUUACUUUGGAAAUCCGGACAGAGGAAUCGCCUGCAGACCCUGCGAGUGUAAUGGAAACAUCGACCUUAACGCUGUGAGGAACUGCAACCACGAAACAGGUGAAUGUCUCAAAUGUGUGAACCACACAGCCGGAUUCCACUGCGAGGACUGUCUCGCGGGUUACUGGGGGGAUGCCCUGUCAGACAAAAGGGAGGACGGCUGUAAGUUGUGUCAGUGUUUCCCAGCUGGAACUCAAGAAACAGAAAGUGGAGCUGUGGCCCCGUGCAAUCAACUGACAGGAUUCUGCGCCUGCAAGGCUCACGUCAUUGGAAAAAAUUGUGAUAAAUGCGAGGAUGGAUAUUACCAGAUAUUGUCCGGUGACGGGUGCACCGCCUGCAACUGCGACCCCGAGGGCUCCUACAACAGAACUUGCGAUGCCAACAGUGGACAGUGUCAGUGUCGUCCUGGAAUCACUGGCCAACGCUGCGACGCUUGCCUCCCAUAUCAAUACGGAUUUGGGAGGGAAGGUUGCAAGCUCUGUGACUGUGAUCAUAUUGGAUCUCAGGAUCUUCAGUGUGAUGCUAAUGGACAGUGUCCUUGUUUAACCAAUGUUGAGGGAAGGAGAUGCGAUCGUUGCAAGGAAAACAAGCAUAAUCGGCAGUAUGGCUGUGUGGACUGUCCUCCUUGCUACAAUUUAGUACAGGAUGCUGUCAAUGCCCACCGAAGGAGGCUCGUCGAUCUUGAAAAUACCCUGAGGAAAAUCAACAGCAGCCCGACCGUCAUCAAGGACUCUGAUUUUGAGAGAGAACUUCAAAACGUUGAAGAGCGGGUGAGAACACUGUUGCAAACAGCGAAAGCAGGAUCAGGAAAUGAAAAUAAAACACUGGUGGAGCAAAUUGAGGAGCUACGAGAUCAACUCAACCAGAUUGACAGAAUAUCGCAGGGAGUUGAUGUGACGGCGGCGGAAGCCAAGAGAACAACGAGCGAAGGUCUAACUAGUAUCGAUGAGGCUGAGAGUGUUCUUGACAAGAUUCACGAGCAAUUGACAGAGGCUGAAGAUUAUUUGGCGACUGAGGGAGCCUCGGCCCUGGCAGAAGCAAAAAAACGUGCUGAACAGGUUGGCCAGCAGAACCAACACAUGACUAAUAUUGCUCAUCAGGCGCGUGUUGUAGCUGACACGAAUACAAAUGAAGCAAAAAAAAUUCAUGCCCUCGCUGAACAAGCUAGAAAUACAUCUCAAGAAGCAUAUAAUCUUGCUAAGAAGGCAAUUGCACAGUACGCAAAUAUUAGCGAGGAGAUUAGGGAGCUGGAUAAUAAAUUGGAGCUUCUGGAGGAUCGCUUCGUCGAGGUGAAAAAUUUAACGGGCACAGCGGCCGCAAAAGCAGCAGCUGUCGCCGACGAGGCGGUAUACUUAUUGGUACUGGACUUGACAGUUCCCACAGUUGAUAUUGAGAAACUGCAAGAACAAGUGGAGGCUGUUAGUAAUGAGGGUCUAAUGCUCAAAGAAAGAGCCCAACUAAUGCUCCAAGACAACGAGCAACUGCUGUUCGAUCUAGAGCAAAAAAUUCACAAAAGCGAAGAAUUAUUGAAUAAAGCGCAGGAUCAACUGGCAGCCACUGCAGAGUUGCUCUCAGAAGUCGACGGUGCCAACGAAAAGGCCAAUGACGCUGUGAAGCGGGGCAAUCAGACGCUGGCGGAGGCUCAGGAGACUCUGAAAAAAUUGGGUGAAUUCGACGCUGAGGUACAGAGGGAAAAGCUUAAAGCCCAGGAGGCAUUACGUAAUAUCGAAGAAAUUCGUGUUAUGGUUGAGGAGGCUAUUCUGAAAGCUGCGGAAACGCAAGUCGUGCUUAAUGGGGCGGAACAUAAUGCCGCUGGGGCACGUAAUAUCACUGCCGAGGCCCAACGAAAUGCCGACGAUGCUGGUACACAUGCUAAUGUCAUAAGAACUGAGGCGAAUAAAACUAAAUUGGAGGCCUGGAGGCUUAAUAACGAGGCUGACAAGCUACAUACGAGAGUGGAGAUGACGGACUCGAUUGCGAAGAAGUAUGAAGUCAGGGUUGGGAGUAAUGUGAAUGUUACGAAUGAUGUUAAUCAUCGGGUGGGCCAGGCAAGGACGAAGGUCGCAUUUGCAAGUCAGCAGGUAGAUAAGACACUUGCUGACGUUGCGGAGAUCAUUGGGGAGCUUGAGGCAUUGCCAGAGAUCGACGACGCUGAUCUCAAUCGUCUUGAGGAGCGUUUAUUGGCAGCGGAGAAGGAGAUUAAAGCUACGAAUCUCGAUGAGAGAAUUCGUGCGCUCACGGAGGCGAAAAAUUUGCAGACCCAGUGGGUCAAGAAUUACGAGGAAGAGGUGGGAAGGCUGAGGAAUGACGUGGAGAACAUCGAUGAGAUAAGGAAGGCACUGCCUACCCAGUGCCAGAACCGCUGGCGUUUGGAGCCUUAAGUCGGCUCACGUGCCAUAAAUACUUAACUUAGAUUCUAUCUAAUUGAAAGCCUGUUUUCUCCUUUUUCGCUAAUUAAUUUGAUUAUUGAAUUGAAUAAUGAGAGCUUUAUGAAAUUUACAUUUCUACCAGGGGGACCGUUCAAACUCGUUAUGGCCCCCUGUUUUUUCUCUUUUUUGCAAUAUUACACGCGAUACCAAAGACUUAAAGUAAUCAGCUCUCAAUGACAAUCAUGAAUUCUUAUCUCGAUUAGUUAACUGCCCGUCAUUUCGCCUCUGUGUAGAUACAUUGAUGCCUUUCAUUCACGUUUUAUAUUUGCUGACUACAAUUCAUUUUUAUAUUUGGUAUAUUAAAAUAUACAGUAAUUUUACCAAACUUUUAUACUUCAACUGUAGCUUGAAAUGUAGAAUUUAUUGUGAAAUCAAUAAAGUUGAUAUUUUAAAGGUAAA